AUGUCUGACAAAAAAAGAUUGACUAACAAUAGUAGUAGCGAUACUAGCAAUGUUAGUCAUGUCAUACCAGAUUAUCUACUAGCUCAUGAAGUCGGAAGCUUGGGCAUCGGUGAUCUAGUGAGAUAUAAAAUUACAAUAGAUAAAGAUAAAUUAAUAGAACAAGGUAUAUUCAUCGACGAAUUAUUCGUAAAGAUUAAAAAUAGAGAAAGUCCUCUAUUGAAACCUGUCUAUCUAACAGGCCCAUACGCUUUCUACUUGGAUAUUAGACCUCAUAACUACCAUGAAAAUGAAGUAUAUGAUGAAAAGGAAGAUAUUCAAUUUUGUAGUGAUUUGAAACCAGAUGAUUCCUUCAUUGGUUAUUUGGUUAUGAAUAAAAAUUCAAAAGUUGAUGAUACUAAUUGUUAUUCUUGGACUUUAGAUAUUAUCUCCCAAGUCGCAGUCACCGCAAUCCCAAAAUUAGAAUUUAGUAUGUCCCUAAGUACCGUAAGAAAAUUCCCAAUGAGAGAUAAAAGAAAAUUGAAACAUUUGGAUGGUUUGGAUAUCGAUAAAUGGAAUACUAAUAGUUUAUGGAACCUUCCACCAAAAUAUCCAAAAAAACCAGUGCAUUUGGUUAUUGUAACCCAUGGUAUUUUUUCAAAUAUUGGUUGUGAUAUGUUAUAUAUUAAAGAUUGUAUUGAACAGACUACUGACGGCAUACCUGAAGAGAUAAAUCCAAAUGUAGUCGUGAGAGGUUGUAUGGAUAAUAUGGGUAAAUCAGCGUAUGGGGUUCAUUAUCUGGGUGUUAAUGUCGCUAAAUACAUUCUGAAAACGGUAGAUGAGUUGAAUCAGGAAUAUAAAGUUGAUAAAAUCUCUUUUAUCGGACACUCCUUAGGUGGGCCCACUCAAUCCAUGGCAAUUCACUACCUAUCUGUAAUGGAACCAGAUUUUUUCGGCCCAAAUGGUAUAAAACCGGUUAAUUUCAUUACUUUGGCAAGUCCUUAUAUCGGUGUCACUGUAGACUUCCCAAAAUAUGUAACUUUAGCAUUGGAUUUAGGUGCUCUGGGAAUAACUGGUCGUGAUUUGACUCUAAAGCAUACUCCUCUAACUUCAAAGGAAGGUUUGGCAUUUAAUAACCACACUACUUUGGCAAAAAAUAGAAGUAGAUUGAAAUUAUUAUUAGAAGUCAUUCCUCAGGAACCUGCAAAACCAAUCUUUGAGAGAUUUGUUCACAGAACUCUAUAUGCAAACGUUCUUCACGACGGUAUUGUUCCUUUGCGUACCGCAGCCUUGUUAUACUUGGACUGGCAUAGUUUAGCCAAAGUUAGAAAAUUAAGAAGAAGAUUAGAAAAAUCAUCCAAUCCAAAUAUUAAUCCAUCUUCUCAAGCAUCUACAAAUUCAGUGACAGCAGCAGUUGGUUCUUUAGAGAUUAGUUCAGACCCAUCAUCUGAAGAUUCUGAAGAAGAUUUAAAUGCUUUAAGUCGACAAACCAGUGUCACUGGUGAGAUCCCAGUUGAAAAACAAGAUAAAAAAGCAGCAUUGCAAUGGAUGAUGCCACAAGCAUUAAUUCAUAAUUCUAGAUUAAAGCAAUAUAAAAGGACUCAAACUAUUGGAGAUGAAGCAGGUGGUAUUGAGGAGAAAUUUAGUCCUCCUCCAGAAGCGUCUACCACAUUAUCUGCAUUAUCUGUAUUGACAGCACCAGAUCCUACACAAGAGUAUAUUAAGAAUCCAGCAGUAAGGACAGACGCAAUUGUCCAUGAUAAAAUAUAUCAUCCAAAGGAAUUACCACCUCCACAUUAUACCGAUAGGCCUAUUUUGAAAAAAGUUAUGUAUCCAAAUGAAAGAAUUAACAGAGUCCAAGAGAGAAUCGCCAGAGCAUGGCAAGAAUCCAUGUCCUGGAGAAAGGUAUUGGUUGAUAUUAAGCCAGAUUCUCAUAACAAUAUCGUCGUUAGGAGAAGAUUUGUUAAUUUAUUUGGUGCCGUUGCGAUAACCCAUUUAGUGAAUGAACAUUUCGGGGAAGAAGCUUGUAAGAAAUAUGCGGCUAUGGAUUAG